CCUAUGGCAACGUUCACUCAAGCAGACAUCGAUCAGUGCAUCGCUGUCGCCCUCGCAGCAUACCAAUCCCAACAGUCAACUGCCAACCGACCCCUUCGCCUUGACAUCCCCGCUCCCGAACCUUUCAGCGGAAAGGCGGAGGACCUCAGACGCUUCAUCCAAUGCGUCCUCUCCUACUUCGUCGCCACCAACAACACCAGACUUAGUGAUGAAGCAAAGAUCGCCUUCACCGUAGCGUUGAUGAGGAAGGACCUAGGAAAAACGUGGGCAGACGCAUACUACGAGAAGUCGGCAGGGGGAGUCCAGAACAAGAAGACGGCGCUCUCCCUUGGAAACUACGUCACCCGCUUCGAGCAGCUAGCGUCGAAAGCCCAGCUCAAGGAUGCCGAAGUCAAUGGCGUCAACCGCACCGAGAACGACUACCACACUCUCCAUGCCAACUUUGUCAAAGGACUUCCAAAGGAGCUCUACGUCUCUCUCACAACCAGGGCCGCUAGGGACCGACCCAGCACCAUGAAAGCCUGGUACGACGAAGUCCGAAACGCCGACGCCGCCGAACAAGGGGCCCUCACCGUCACAGACACCAGGGACUACGGCGAGCCAAUGGAUAUCGACGCCGCUGCAGUCGCGGCAACCUUUGCCUCCACAUCGGGAGGAAGGAAGUGGGAACUAGGAGCAGUUCUCAAUGAGGCCGACCGGAAGCUCCACAGGGAUGGGAACCUGUGCUUCUACUGCCAUAUCAAGGGCCACAGCGCCAAGGAUUGCCGCAAGAAAGCGGCCGCACGACAAGGGGGUGGGAAGCCGAACCAGGGAGGAUCUGGGAAGGACGACUUCCGCGCCAGAAUCAAGGCACUCUCCACUGACGAGAAGCGGGAGCUGUAUGAAGAACUUACGAUGGAGGAUUUUUGA